AUGAAUUCCAACGCCAGAAUUCCCGACAACUGCGUUCUCUGCGAUAAAGUCGUCAUAGAGAGCUAUUGGUUCCCGAUUGAAAGUUUGAGAUGCUGUCAUCAACAGUACUGUGCCGAGUGUCUCGGUUUAGUGGCUUGGUGUCCAAAGUGCCAUCAAUUUCUUGGACCAAAAAGGAAAAAUGGCGCCAGCAGAGAAAGCUUUGCGAAACCCAUCCCCUCCCUCCCUGUUGUGGAAGUUCUUAAGAAAUCUACGCCUAAUGCUGAAGUCAACAAUUUUCAUGAAGACUUCCAUGACGACGAGGAUUGUGUUAUCAUCGAGGAUGAGUCGGAAGGCAAUUCAAACAAGUCCCCGAAGAAAAGAAAGAUGGAAGUCAACAAUAACGACGAUUGCAUCCUCAUCGAAGAUGAUCUGGAUGAAGUUAUUCCUCCAGUGCCGCAACCACGAAAAUCAAUCCUCAAGAACAGCAAGUGCGCCACUUCUCUUCAACAAUCAAGUCACAAGAAAAGAAGGAUCGAUGUCGACAAUAACAACGAUAUUAUAAUCAUCGACGAUGAACCAGAUGAACGCAUCCCUCCAGUGACGAAACCUCAAAAAAGAUCGAUCCUCAAGAAAAGCAGGCGCGUUUAUUUCUCAUCAAAUUCUUCUGUCUACGUGUUUCUAAAAGAAACAGACAAACCUAUGCGUCCAUUGCCAACCGACCGCUAA